CGAUAACAAUACACCGUACAAACAACCAUAAAGCCUCAUCAGAGAUCCGUAUACGCCCAAAGGCUUCGCUUCUUGUCUUCAAGUCUUUCACAACGCAUUCCAUCUAAUCGCCUCGCUGGUAUAAAUGGCGGCUCCAGUCCGGCCCGGCACAGCUCGUGCGCCCUACUCUACAUCAUCGCAGUCAUCCGGUAAAGGGUGGGCGGCGGUCCGCAACAUGACGUUCAGAAGCGACUCACCGCCUAUGCAACAACCACAAUCAUCGGGACGAUGGGACAAACUCAUCAACGCAGCCUCUUCCGCUAAAGCCGCUCUUGCAUCUUCCCUUGCCUCAGAUCGGAAGCACAAUUGGGACGACUCACAUUGUCAAGAUGAGUCUGAUUCGCAUCUGCAUCGUGUGAUGCUGGACUAUCACAUUGAAAGGAAAGGGGAAGUGCCAACAUGGCUUGUACCAAUGGCCCAGCAACAGGCAAUGGGUAUCGUUGCAAGACCACAACAGCAACAGGCUUCACAGUACAUGCAAGAUCCAUAUGUUUCACAGCGGCCACAGCAACGGGCACCAAGUCCAAAUGACUCUAGGAGUGAUGUGUCGAACUCAACAGCGGCAUCAGCAGGCUCAGCAACAGCAAGAAGAAACACGUCACUUCGUGAUAUAUACGAUACAGCAAAGUUGAGGGACACUUCCAGUUUGAGACAGGAAGCGAUGGCAGGUGGUUACAGGCAGAGUCAGGAUAGUGCAGGGUAUGACCGGGGAUCAUCGACUGCGGCGCCUUCCUCUGGGGGUGCACCGAAGAUGUCUUUGAGGGACCGAUUAAAGGAGAGGGCCUCGGGUGCGAACAGGUACUAAUGAUGAUUGUGGCAAUGUUUUGGGUGAUUUUUCGAGGGAUCUUCAGAUGGAGUUUUGGUUUUACUUCAGCGAUAUCUCACAACUUGCUCAUAUAAGUCCUGUUGGCAACCGCCUGUUUGAACUGAAAGUCAUUAAUGAUUGAAAUGAUACAUUGCCAGAUACGGCCAUACCAU